UGCGCCGCCGUUGCGUUUGCGCCGAGGCGAGGACUUUGUCCAAUUAACCGCCGCCAAACUCCCCACACAGCCACAGCGCCACAACGAUGCUGCUCCUAGCCGCCGGCCUGAUGCUCUCCGCCGUCGCGGGGCAGUCCUUCAACAGCUUUGCGGGACCUUUCGAAGUGGAGUUGCAGCGAGUGGAGACCUGCCCUAGCGAGCUGAGCGGCCUCAACCUCGUCAACUUCACUCAGCGCCUGACUCGCGACCGGAAGUACCCCAAACGCUUCUACUACACUGGCGUAAUAAAUCAGCCUUUCAACGUUCUGUCUACGCUCGCGGGAACCGUCAAGCUGAGCAGUUGGAGCGCUCGCGGCGGCUGGAAGGACAACGCGUACCGGCACACCUUCCCGCGCUUGUGCGAGCUGGCCAGGGCCCGCCUCGCCCACAACCUCGCGUACAGGCGCCUCCUCAGCGACGCCCUGGGCGGCGAACACCGACUGAAGUGUCCCUUUCCCGCGUCACGUUGGGAGUUCACUGACUUCCCAGUGGACACUUCGGCAGGCGAGUUCAAGGAGUUCCUCUACGGAAAGUGGCGCAUCGACAUCCAGUUGAUGGACGGCAACACCGCCCUGUCCUGUUACCGCCAGUUCGUGGACACCGUGCCCCGGGUCGCGGGUCGGCAGCCGAUCCACUUGGAGACCAACUACACCGGCACCAUCCGCAUCACCAGGAUCAAGUCCCUGUACCCCUAGGGGCCGUGCGUCCUUUUUCUGUACCCUAUUUUCUGUACAUUUUCCCUCGUGAAGAAUUUUUUCAGUGCCUCCCAUGUGCCUCAAAGUAACGCAGCCCCCCCCCCCCCCCGGUUUUUUUUAAAGAAGCACUCCGUGUGGAGGCCAGUCGAUUCAUACAAAAAAAUAUUAUAACUUGCAUGCAAACACAAAAACUUUUAUCGGUUUCUACAUCACAUUUCUUGAUCUAAACUUUCCACAUUUCCACAUUUCGCUGCAGCAUUUAUGAGAUUGUACCCAACUAGUGCACAAAUUUGUGCAUUCACUCACACCCGCACAAAUAUGUUAGUAAAUAUGUACAAAAAUUCCACCAGCUUUCAGUGUAAAGGAUGUUUUUUUUUUUCAACCAACCACGAAAAUAAAGACCU